AUGUUGCAAAUAAUUUUUUGGCUUUUCAUUCAUAGCGACCUUUGUUUGCUCAGUCACAUUUGGACCGUCUUAAGAUUCGGAAUACUUCAAACUUCAUUGCUCGAGUUUAAAUCAAGAAACAUGUUUUUGAAAGUUUUCGCAAUUUGUGCUUUAGUUGUUUCGUCGGAAGCCAUCAAGUUGAAAGUUGAUCAAUAUGGAUAUGUGAAAGCUGAAAAGAAAGAACCAGAACAAGAUCUAUCAAAAAUUCCUGGCAUACCGGGUCAUGAUUAUCCACUUUAUCAUGAAUUCCCUCACACUAAUUUUGAUUGUAAUGCCAUGCCAGCUCACCCAGGGAUGUAUGCUAAUGUUGAGACAGGUUGCCAGGGUUAUCACGUUUGCAAUGAUGGCAGAGAAGGUUCACAGGGAUCUAAAUUUCUUUGCACAAAUGGAACACUCUUCAGUCAAAAAGAUUUCACAUGCGAUUAUUGGUACAAUGUUGACUGUCAUGAAGCUCCACGUUUUUACCAGUUGAAUGUUGACCCAGCAACUAAUCCUUACACAAAAGAUGAAUACAAAAAGAAAGCUGAACUUGCUUAUUAUUAAACAUUUAUAAAGGAAACAAAUUUUAGGCAACUAAUAAUUGAUUUUUCUUUUCUCAUUUCUUGUUAAAAUUUUCAUAAACCAAACUUCUGAAAAAUAUUUAAAUAUUUAUUUUAUGAGAAAAUCCAAACAGUUGUAGAUUCAUCUUGAGGUUCAUUCAUUUCUUCUCUACAUUUAUACAGAUUGAAAACAAAUAUCUACACAGUAAGUAAUGUGAAUGACAAACUGAAAAAUGAUGUAAUGAAUUUAUGUAAUUAAUAAAAAAAAUAUUCUCUUCUCAAUGUCUA